AUGACACGAGUGGCGGUGGUGGUGGCGUUCUUCAUCUGCUGGGCGCCGUUCCACGCGCAGCGGCUGCUCGCCGUCUACGCCUACAGCUCCGAGUCGCUGCGGUCGUCGGCAACUUUCGUCACCAUCUACCAGGUCCUCACCCACAUCUCGGGCGUUUUCUACUUCCUCGGCACCGCAAUCAACCCGCUGCUCUACCACAUCAUGUCGCACAAGUUCCGGCAGGCGUUCAAGGAGACGCUGUCGGAGCUGUGCGGCUGGAGGCGGCGCAAGCGGCGGCCGAGGCGCGCCUACAGCGCCGUGUCGCCCGGCCACAAGGCGCCGGCGCGGUCGCUGCCGCAGCAGUGCUACCAACACCACAACCACCACCAGCAGCAGGCGGCGGCGGCAGCGCGACCCGCCGGCCGGCGAGCGGACGCUUGCGGCGAGCAGUUGGCACUCCUGCAACGCGCCACGCCACCCAGGGCCGCGAGCAAUGACAGCCAAGCCACGCUCACCACAUCGCUCAGCAGGAUCAGCAUCGGCGCAGACGAGCUGCCCGCCGCGGCCGCCGCCGCCGACCGCCGCCUAGACGCCAACGGCUGCUGCCACCACAAGCUGGAGCUCAUCAGCGAGCACUACUCCAACGAACGCACCAGCGACGGCAACGCGCCCGCGGCGGCCGAGGAGCGCUCCUCCGUCAGCAGCCUCGCCAAGAAGAUCCGUGACGGCACGCGCACCAUCUUCAAGCGCGAUGUGGCCACCUCCACUGCCUCUGCUACCCCCGCCAACGCGUCCGAGCAGCGGCCAUUGCCAGAGCCCGGUCGCCGUUCGCCCAAAUUACGGCACGCAGACUCGCUCCAUUUGAGCAUCGACAGCGCCAAGAGCACCAUCAGUAACUCCAGCUUGCAAGAUAUGGACGAGAUGGAAUUCGACAGCUCCGAGUUGGCCCACUAUAUGGGCGAGCUUAAUGAACAGGGUCUGGCUCGGUAGGAGACGCCAUACAUCGGCUGUCCAUUCUUGAAGACCGCUAGGAGGUCAUCUUCAAAAGCAACGACAAAAACCACCUAAAACUGAUGUAUAUUGUCUCGCUAGAACACUGUUUUCUCGCUAUGAAAAAGUAAUUUGGCGUAGUUAAACUACUUGACGCUUUAAAGACAAUGCAUGUCCCACAACAUUGGAAAAAAUACUUUGACACAUAGAGUUAGCUCACAGAAGCGGAGCAUCUGAGGUUACAAGGCGUCUGAAGACGCCAACGGUCUCAUCAGCCAACCAGCGUGUACGAGAAAUGACGUGGAAGUAAUCGAAACAUAGUCGUGGGUUGUUUGAUCACGUUAUUUUUCCAUCUUCGCUUUUCCUCAGUACAGGUGUUAUAACUGCACACCCUAAACCAAUCUCGCAAACAUGUUUGCAUUUCUCGACCAUCUGUGGUUUACAAGCUGUAUGAAGGAAUACUUCCAGUCAUUAUGCAGUCUCAUGUAAUCGUCCUCCUCUAAACUACACUGAAAAGAGAAUAGCUAGACUGCUUGCGAUUCUGGGGCUGCUGUUGACAGCAA